GCUGAUGCUGGUCUUUAUGUUCAUCUUCGUAUCGGACCUUAUGCAUGCGCGGAAUGGAACUAUGGGUAAAGAUUCUCAUACAAUCUUAGUGCAUGGCUGUUCUUGUCUUUUGGCGGGAAAGAAAGAAGCUGACUUGAUAAUUGCUGAUCCUUACUAUGAUCUAAAUUUUUUUCUUAUAUAAUCAUUUGUAUGUUUCAAUUCUUGAACUGUUGGGAAUGGACCGAACAAAUAAAGACUAAGUUGAAGCAAACAAUAGCGGAAGCAACAAAAGAAAUGACAAUCACACAAAGAACAUCAAGAUUUAAGUGGUUCAGCUCAAUGUGAGCCUACGUCCACUGUCGGGGUCGGUUUCAAACGAUUUCACUAUGAACAAAGAUGGAGUACAAGAGUAUUGAUCACACAAAAUCCUUAAUCCUAAAGCCCCAAUACACUCAAUGGACUCUUAGGAUUGUAUACAAAAGGAUUCUCAAAACUCUCUCAAGCUGGCUGCUGAAGGGCUCUUCAAAAUGAAGAGAAAAUGAUGUAUUUAUAGCACAAGGCGCUAGUCAGAACAUUCGCUCGAGCGGACGUCGAGCGAAGUGUCGAGCGCACGUUAGGGUUGCAUUCUCGCUCGAGCGGACAGUCGAGCGGAGGUCGAGCGAAACUCUCUGGAAGAUUUCGCUCGAGCGGACUGUUAAGCGGAGGUCGAGCGGAACUCUCUGGAUGAGUUCGCUCGAGCGUCGCUCGAGCGGAGGUCGAGCGGCACUGUAGCAAAUCCCAAAUAACACAUUUUCAGCAGGAAAUCAAGCCAAACUCAACAAAUCUCCACCCUGGCUUGAAUUCCGUCAAGCCUAAACAAAAAACCAUCAACCAAGAAAUCGAUUCCCACCAACAAACCACCAAAGGGAAUCACAAAAUCCCGAACACAACGUCUAUCCUUGAAAAACUCAAUUUCCACCCAAAAGUCUUCAACACCAUAGACAAUCUUGACCAAAUCACAAGCUUGGUCCUAAUGAAGAAUCAACAUCUUCACACAAAAGGCAACGCACCACUGAACAGACUGCUUACUUGAGCAACGGCUUCUGAAUACACACGGAGGCUAACAACAAAUAUUCUCUGCCAAAGUAAGAACACCCCAAAGUCUGCACGAGCAUAUCCCAAAGGUGACUAAACUGUCUCCUCUAUCUACCAGAUGAAACUGUAGACUUGCUCUCACUGUACGCCAAUGCCAAAAUCAAAAUCAUACUUAAUUCCAAUAGCAUGAUCUAGAGUACCACCUGCACUCUGUUGUGAAGCUCUCCCAGCAACUCCACCUUCUUGCUAUAACCAUGCUCUCCUUUCCUGUGGAAACAACAACUGAAAAACAAGUUGUAAAGAAGAGAAGGUUCACCCAAUAGCAAGUUGUGUUGACCGCUUCACCCAAAUCUGUAGACAAGCCUGGCAAACCCAAAAGCAUACUACGGGCUCUCACACAAGAGUCCGUCUCAUUCCAUUCAACUACUCCAUUUCUGUGGAGUGGACCCAAUUGUAUGGCAUGAACAACGCUCUACCUUCUUGUAUGUAGAUCACUAGCCUUCACAAAUGCUUGAACACAUCAAACACAUCACAAAACAAAGAUGAACAAAUCCAGACUCUUCUUCAAAUGGUCAUCAACAAAUAUGAGUACAAACAGGGCACCACAUCACACCGGAUGUAUACCCAAAAAAUCACAAAGACAUAAACUCCAGAAAAAUUGAUUCAGCACUGCUUUACAAGAAUACAAUGCAAACAAACAAAUCAAGCUUUUUCUGUCUUCUGAUUACACAAAGCAAAAAUUGCCUACUCAUAAAUGACCAUACUCAUUCAUCCAUAUGGCACAAUCACAUGCGCCAUAAAUGAGUAAUACCUGAAUCUGGAACAUCUGAAGAUGCUCCACCAAUCACUGUACUGCCCUGAAGAAAAUAAAGACCAUCUGUCUUCUUCCCUGUCAUUACCACCGAAGAGCCCUUGUAGACUCGAAUGACUCCACCUCCAGCUGAAUACUGGUAACCAAAGGAGUCAAGAAUGCCCAAAGAUAUAAGAUUUUUCUUCAAAGAUGGAAUAUGCCGAACGUUAGACAAGGUUCUAACGAUUCCAUCAUACAUCUUAAUCUCAACUGAACCAAUCCCAACAAUAUCACAAGCCAUAUCAUUUCCAACCAAAACGGAGUUACCGUUGAUUGAUUCAUAGGUAGUGAACCAAUCUAUCCUGGAACACAUAUGGAAUGUACAAGUUGAAUCCAUGACCCACUUGUUACCAAAGUGACCACUAGAGCCGCUGACUGCUAGGACAAUAUCAGAGUUGUUAGACUCAACACUAACAACAUUGGAGGAACUUUUACUUUCCUCCUUCAAUCUGGGACACUCAUUCUUGUAAUGACCAAAUCUAUGACAGUAGUGACAUUUAACAUUUUUCUUGUUAAAUUUAGAGCUACCACUGGAACUACUCCCACCAUAAUCCGAACCUCUUCCAUUAGAUCUACCACCAGAGGAAUAUUUCACAAACAAACCAUUGGCUUGAUUGUCCAUGCCUUGUACACACAAUUUUGUUCUCAACUCCUUAGAAUUCAAAGCAGAUUUUACAUCUACCAAGGAGAUGGUAUCUCUACCAUACAACAUUGAGCUCACAAAACUUUCAAAUGAUAGCGGCAACGAACACAACAAAAUUAACGCUUGAUCCUCAUCAUCAAGCUUAAUAUCAAUAUUCCUUAGAUCCAUAAUAGUUUUAUUAAAUUCAUCUAGAUGAUCGGAAAUAGGAGUACCUUCCCUCAUCUUGAGAGUGUAUAGUCGCUGCUUUAAAUACAAACGGUUGGUGAGCGACUUUUUCAUAUACAAGCUCUCAAGCUUGGACCAAAGACCGAAAGUGGUCUCCUCAUCAGCAACCUCCCUCAAAACUCCAUCUGAUAGUGACAACAAAAUGGCACUAUGUGCCUUCUCAUCUUCUUCUCUUGACGGUGCAGGAGAAUCCUCGGAUACCUUCCCCUCCAAAGCUUUCGACAAGCCUUGUUGUCGUAACAAAGCCUUCAUCUUGAUGCGCUACAAGCUAAAGCUGUUUUGACCGUCGAAUUUCUCCACUUCAAACUUUGCCAUAGCCAUUCCUCAAGAUUUUGCAAAGAGCUUAACGCUCUGAUACCAGUUUGUUGGGAAUAGACCGAACAAACAAUGACUAAGUUGAAGCAAAUAACAGCGGAAGCAACAAAAGAAAUGACAAUCACACAAAGAACACCAAGAUUUAAGUGGUUCAGCUCAAUGUGAGCCUACGUCCACUGUCGGGGUCGGUUUCAAACGAUUUCACUAUGAACAAAGAUGGAGUACAAGAGUAUUGAUCACACAAAAUCCUUAAUCCUAAAGCCCCAAUACACUCAAUGGACUCUUAGGAUUGUAUACAAAAGGAUUCUCAAAACUCUCUCAAGCUGGCUGCUGAAGGGCUCUUCAAAAUGAAGAGAAAAUGAUGUAUUUAUAGCACAAGGCGCUAGUCAGAACAUUCGCUCGAGCGAAGUGUCGAGCGAAGUGUCGAGCGCACGUUAGGGUUGUAUUCUCGCUCGAGCGGACAGUCGAGUGGAGGUCGAGCGAAACUCUCUGGAAGAUUUCGCUCGAGCGGACUGUUGAGCGGAUCACUCGAGCGUCGCUCGAGCGGAGGUCGAGCGGCACUGUAGCAAAUCCCAAAUAACACAUUUUCAGCAGGAAAUCAAGCCAAACUCAACAUGAACAGUGGUUUUCCCGUCUGGUUGCAUUUUAUUCCUGGAAUCCAGUUUCGAACUGACAAUGAGCCGUUCAAGAAAUGAAGCGAUUCACAGCCAAGAUUGUGGACUUGAUGCAGCAGGAGAAACUUUAUGCCUCUCAGGGUGGACCCAUCAUUUUAUCUCAGAUAGAAAAUGAGUAUGGAAACGUAGCUUCGGCAUAUGGGCCUGCGGCUAAAUCGUACAUCAAUUGGGCAGCAGCCAUGGCUACGUCUUUGGAUACAGGGGUGCCUUGGGUCAUGUGCCAGCAAGCAGAUGCUCCUGAUCCAAUUAUUAACACUUGCAAUGGAUUUUACUGUGACCAAUUCAAACCUAAUUCUAACAAGAAGCCAAAAAUGUGGACUGAGAAUUAUAGUGGAUGGUUUCUCUCGUUUGGUGGUCCUGUACCCUACAGACCUGUGGAAGACCUCGCAUUUGCUGUGGCUCGCUUUUUCCAGCUUGGUGGAACUUUCCAAAACUAUUAUAUGUACCACGGUGGGACUAACUUUGGCAGAACUUCUGGUGGACCCUUCAUUUCCACAAGUUAUGAUUACGAUGCUCCAAUUGACGAGUAUGGGAUUCUUAGACAACCUAAGUGGGGCCACUUAAAAGAUGUGCAUAAGGCGGUAAAGCUUUGUGAAGAAGCAUUGGUGGGCACUGAUCCAACAGUUACUUCUCUUGGUCAAAACUUAGAGGCCGCAGUUUAUAAAACAGGAUCUGUGUGUGCUGCUUUUCUUGCCAAUGUGGGCACCCAAUCUGAUGCAACUGUGAAUUUCAAUGGUAAUUCAUAUAGCUUGCCUGCAUGGUCUGUCAGCAUUUUACCUGACUGCAAGAAUGUAGCUCUUAAUACCGCAAAGAUUAACUCUGCGACAAUGAUUCCAAGCUUCAGUCAUCAAUCUCUGAAAGGAAAUAUUGAUUCAUCUGAAGCAUUAGGCUCUGGUUGGAGUUGGAUAAAUGAACCAGUGGGUAUCUCAAAGGAUGAUGCAUUUGUGAAACUUGGACCAUUGGAGCAAAUAAAUACCACAGCUGAUAAGAGUGACUACCUGUGGUAUUCAUUAGGCAUUGAAAUUAAAGGUGAUGAACCGUUCCUUGAAGAUGGAUCCCAAACAGUUCUUCAUGUGGAAUCUCUUGGACAUGCACUUCAUGCAUUCACUAAUGGGAAGCUUGUAGGGAGUGGAAUAGGUAAGGUUUCAGAGGAUAUCCCCAUUGCACUUGUUACUGGGAAGAACAAAAUUGAUCUGCUGAGUUUGACUGUGGGACUUCAGAACUCUGGAGCUUUUUUUGACAAAACCGGAGCGGGGAUCACCGGUCCAGUAAAGCUAAAAGGCAUAAAAAAUGGCACCACUGUCGACCUCUCUUCACAAGAAUGGACAUAUCAGGUUGGACUCAAAGGUGAAGAAUUAGGUCUGCCCAGUGGAAGUUCUUCGCAGUGGGAUUCAAAAUCUACAUUACCCAAGAAUCAACCCUUGAUUUGGUACAAGACAAAGUUUGAUGCGCCCGCUGGCAGUGACCCGGUUGCACUAGACUUUACAGGUUUGGGGAAGGGUGAGGCAUGGGUGAAUGGACAAAGCAUUGGGCGCUAUUGGCCUGUGUAUGCCUCUCCAAAUGGUGGCUGUGCUGACUCUUGCAAUUACCAGGGACCUUAUGACUCAAGUAAAUGCCUCAGCAACUGUGGGAAGCCAUCUCAAACACUGUACCAUGUACCCCGUUCAUGGUUGCAAUCAAGUGGCAACACUCUUGUACUGUUUGAGGAAAUAGGUGGUGAUCCAACAAAGCUAUCUUUUGCCACAAGACAGAUUGGAAGUUUGUGCUCACACGUGUCAGAAUCCCACCCAUCACCUAUAGAUACAUGGAGUACAGAUUCGACAUCAGGAAGUAAACUAGGGCCUACAGUAUUGUUGGAGUGCCCGAUUCCUGGUCAGGUCAUCUCUUCAGUCAAGUUUGCGAGUUUUGGGACUCCUCGUGGAACUUGUGGGGGCUAUAGCCAUGGCCAGUGCAGCAGCAGGACGGCUCUUUCAAUUGUCCAGAAGGCUUGCAUUGGAUCGAAGAGUUGUGGCAUUGGAGUAUCAGUUAACACAUUUGGUGACCCGUGUAUAGGAGUGACAAAGAGUUUAGCUGUAGAAGCUUCCUGUACAUAGAGGUCAGAGGCGUCCUCAAAAUCGAAGCCUUCGCUUUAUGGAGUAUAAGAGUAGUCAGAUAAGUCUCUAAUUGAAUAAGCUUUUUAACUGGUUAUCAAGGCAGAAAGGAUUCCAACCAUAAAAAAACAAAAGGUGUCUCAUAAGCCAUAUACCUCAUUGCAUUCUUGCAACAGAAUAUAUAUAUUCUCUCGAUCUAUUCAAGGAGAAGAAAAAUGAUAGGAAUCCUCUGGAUUCAUGUGUAAUGUUCUACCAUAGAUGAUCCAUAUAUUAUCCAAUUCAAUAGUCAUAACA